UUCACCAAACUGUUUGCAUACCAGUCUCCCCCCAACACCGCAUGCUUGUCUAAACUGGGAUCGCAGAUCUCUGAACAGUGGAUUGUAUUAGUCGGACGCUGCAGGGAGCGAUUCCCCCCCCUUCUCAGUGGACAUCUCAGCUGAUUUUUUUAAAUCCAUCCCCGCACACAAACAUCCACCAGUUAGAGGCUUCUGUAAAGAGCGUUUACUGAUAUUUGGAAGAGAAAACAGCUCGUCACAGACGGAGAUUUCGGGACUGUGCUGCGCCUUGAGCCCAUGAAAACAGGAGAGGAGAGACAGGCGAGAGGAGUCAUCAGCUUCACCUGAACAAAGACGAGCACCAAGCAGACACCCAUGGGGCAGGGAGAAGCUUCAGCGCGCGGGACGACCAUGGAGGGGGACUGUCUCAGCUGCAUCAAGUACCUCAUGUUUGUCUUCAAUUUCCUCAUUUUUCUGGGCGGCUCCUUCCUCCUGGGAGUGGGAGUGUGGGUGCUGGUGGACCCCACGGGGUUCAGGGAAAUCGUUGCAGCCAACCCCCUACUUUUCACCGGCGUCUACAUCAUCCUGGGGAUGGGAGGCAUGCUCUUUCUCCUGGGCUUCCUGGGCUGCUGUGGAGCCAUCCGUGAAAACAAGUGUCUACUCCUCUUCUUUUUCAUGCUCAUCCUACUCAUCUUUCUGGCAGAGCUGGCUGCUGCCAUCCUUGCCUUCGUAUUCCGGGAGCAUCUGACCAGAGAGUACUUCACCAAGGAGCUGAGGAGGCAUUAUCAGGGCUACAACAACAGCGAUGUCUUCACCUCCACAUGGAAUGCCAUCAUGACUACAUUUGACUGCUGCGGAGUGAACAGCCCAGAGGAUUUUAAGGACAGCCUGUUCAGGCUGAUCAACCAGGAUCAUGCGGUGCCAGAAGCCUGCUGCCAGCGCGCCAGUCAGAGCGGAGAGCUGGUCUUCACCAGCCGGGAGCAGUGCUUAUCAGGCAAUAUAAUGUUCCGCAAUAACAAGGGCUGUUACUCUGCAGUAGUUGACUACUUUGAACUGUACAUCUAUGUGGCUGGAGCUCUGGCUAUUGUGGUGCUAACCAUUGAGCUCUUCGCCAUGGUCUUUGCAAUGUGUCUCUUCAGGGGAAUCCAGUAGAAGCGCUCCAUCAGUGAGCCUCUUCUUUUUACAGAAAAAAAAAAGAAAAAAGGGAUUUCAGGAGAAAAGAAUGAAAAGGACAUUUGUAAAUUUGUGGAUCUCUUUUUCUAUUGUCUAAUUGGUUAAAAAACAGAAAAAAAAAUAAAAACAAACUCUUGUACUUCACAGCUGGACUUUUGAGGUACAACAAAAAAAAGAAAGAAAAAAAAAGACACACAAAAACCACUGAGAAAGUCUGAGAUAAAAGACAAUGCUGAUGUAAAAAUAUUUGUGUCCAAAGUGGAAACAGUAAUUUGUGGACCAGGUCUUGCUCAGACUGGGUGUAAUGAGGACAGAAGAUGAGGACUAGAUGACGCCUGAGCAGAAGGCACUGCACUGACUUUUGGAUGAAGAAUAUUUAUAUUAUGAAAAGUUGGCUUAAAUGUAAAAAGAUGUGUGUACACCCUGGUUGAUAACCAGUUCCCCUUUCAUAUCAUACUGUAACUAACUCCUUCCACAUACAUAUUAGUUUUUUUACAGUCACUUCUCAAAUGCUGUAUCAUAAGCUCUGUGAUUAGUGUGUGUGUGUCUGUGUGCUGUGUGUGUGUGUGUGUGUGUGUGCGUGCGUGCGUGCGUGCGUGCGUGCGUGCGUGCGUGCGUGCGUGCGUGCGUGCGUGCGUGCGUGCGUGCGUGCGUGCGUGCGUGCGUGUGUGUGUAUGUGUGUGUCUGUGUGUGUGUGUGUGUGUGUAUCUGUGCAUGCGAGUGUGCCUGUGCGAGUUCAUCUCUCUCUGUGACCCCUUUCAAGCUUGAAAGCCAACAACUGUAUUUCUUUUUCUGUUUGUAAGGUGAUUGUAUAUUGCAUUAGUGGUUAAAUGUGGUUGUAGGUGGUGACAUGCAUGUGUAUGCAUUUGUAUUAGAUUACUGAAAAAUAAGUGACAUAAAUGGCAUUUUAAAUGACUGUUCUUGAGUGGUUUUUUAUAUAUACAUAUGCACAAUAUCAAAAGUAAUUCAACCUUAGAAAUAAUAUUUUUGUCACUGACCUUUCUGAUCUAAACUCUGUGUCAUCAUGUUUUGUUUUUUUUUAAAUACCAUGUGGUAAAAUACAUUUUCCAGUGAAACAAAGACAUUUAUUAGACACAGCAUUUAUACAUUUCUUGUAUGGGUGAUUGGUUUAUUUUGUUAUUAAAUCAGUUCUGUCUGGCACACCUUAUUGACAUUUUUAGUCAUGAAACACAGAGGAUGGAUGGUGGCAUUUACUGUUGAGCCAAAGAUUAAUAAAUGGCGUGAGGCUCUUGCUGUCAUCGUAAUGAAACUGAUCUCAUCUUGAAUGCCUUGGGGAUUGUUUUUCUUAUUGCAAGAAAUUGUAAAGCGUGUGAACAUAAUGAGAAUAAAACAUAAAUGUAUGGUUUCAGUAA